UUCAAUGUAAACAUAUACGCGUGGUGUCGAAUUUGGAAAUAAAAUACGCCGUUUUUGAAUUAGUUUUUUUUGAAAACUAGUACACAGUCAUUUAAAACUUUAUAAAAAUAAUAUAACAGUUGGUUUUACUAGAUAAGGCAAUAAAAUUUUUGAUAAUGAGACCACAAGUAUGUCUUUUGAAUCUCCAGACGAAAAUAUGGAGUACAUUUAGUGCUUUUGUAGCCAGUAAUUUUCAGAUUCCAAUAUCAGUAGUGCCAAAUUCAAAUGCCAAGAAACUUGCUUUAAAUAUGAAAGAAUCUGAGCAAAGUUUAGCUUGGUUAGCUGAUCACAGUCCAGAGUUUGCUGUAUCAAGUAAACAUAUUCAAGUACUUAAGGAACCUUCUGAAUUCUUUGAAAAACUAAAGGAGCUGUCAAAAAGUUCCAGGAAGAGAAUUACUUUAGCAUCAUUGUAUAUAGGCACUGGACCUCUAGAAAAGGAGCUGGUUUCCUCUAUUGAAGAAGGUUUGGAAAAGUCAGAAGGCACAUUAAAAGUACAAAUUCUUAUUGAUUAUACUAGGGGCUCCAGAGGAAAAGAAAACACUAGGACUUUGCUUAUACCACUUCUUAAAAAUUAUCCAUCUCAGGUGCAGGUAUCUCUUUAUCACACACCUAAUCUUCGAGGUUUUAUCAAGUGGUUUUUACCUGAGCGAUGGAAUGAAACUAUUGGAUUAUCCCACCUUAAAGUGUACUUAUUCGAUGAUACUCUGAUACUGAGUGGGGCAAACUUGAGCGAUCAGUAUUUUUGCAAUCGCCAAGAUAGGUAUAUUGUUUUUCAUGAUUGCAAGGACUUGUGUGAUUAUUUCAAUGAACUGGUAUCUAUUGUAUCAUCCAUGUCCUUUAUUUUAAGAUCAGACAAUACAGUUGCUUUACAUUCUGAUUGGGAUAUUCAUCCCUCUGAAGGUAAUUUCAAAGAAUUUGUUACCAAAGCUCAUAAUUAUCUGAAGAAAUUCAUACUUCCUACUAAACCCAAUGCAUGGCACAACAGUGUGAAAAAUUGUACAUUUGACUCAGAAAAGAAGGACACUUUCAUAUAUCCUUUGCUUCAGAUGUAUACUUUUGGAAUAAGACAAGAUGAACAAGCAGUAGAAAAAUUUCUUCGAUUUGCUGAACCACACUCAUGUAUCAAAUUGGCAUCUGGUUAUUUUAAUUUGACAAACCAUUAUAUGAAUGUUAUUCUAAAAUCGUCUUCAGCUUUGUACAGUCUUCUUGUAGCUUCACCAAAGGUAUGUUUAUACAUUUUUACACUCCUGUAG